AUGGAAGCUUACCCCGAAGACUACGUCAAUCACAACCUGCCUCUGGUCCUACUCUCAGGAUUAGAGGCAGGCGAUGAUACCGAAGCGAGCUCCGGCUAUCCCCUACUAGCAGAAAAGGGGACUCAUAUCUUCUCCGACUUCCCCCUCUGA